GACGGAGCUGCCCCGGAAGUGAUUUUGUGUUAUUGUUUGGGAGGGAGGCAUGCAGGUUUUCGAAAUUCAACGUAAAUUUGUAAACGCCUAGCCGCUCCCAUGAUGAACUUCGACGGGCUGGACCCCAGCCUGGCCGACUUCCCCCCCGCCCUGCACGGCGGCCUGGAGGCCGGGCUGGAGCCUCCCCUGGACCCGCGGCUGGACCCCGCGCUGCUGCAGAGCGUGGAGCUGGACCCCGAGGGGCUGGCCGUGCCCGUGCCCGACUCCGUGCACCUCCUGGAGGGCAUGUACUCGGAGCUGCACAGCGUGGCGGCAGAGGUCGGGGUGCCGGUCACUGCCACCCACUUCGACCUGCAGGAGGAGCUGCUGUGGAUGGGCAACCACCGGGGCCAUGCCACCUCGUUCUUCGGCCCCACCAUGGGGCGCUACUCCUCCUUCCAGGCGCAUUCGUCUGAUGACAUCCGCCACAUCCAGAGUCUGGAGACCGGCGUGCUCUUCCUCUCCAAGAUUAAUCUCAAGUGUCUCACCCGCGGGGGGCUCAUCAUGUUCGACUACCCGAUGGAGGAGGGUGCCGACAUGCACAGCCUGCUGCUGACUGACAACAACACGGUACUGCUGGGCGGGCUUCAGAACUACGUGGCCGAAGUGGACCUCAACACCGUGCAGGAGACCCAGAGGUUUACAGUGGAGGUGCCAGGCGUGGCCAUCAUGAGACAGUCCAAUCGCUUCUUCUUCUGUGGGCACACAUCUGGAAAGGUGUCCCUGAGGGAUCUGCGGACGUUCAAGAUGGAGCAGGAGUUCGACGCCUACUCGGGCAGCCUAUCGGACUUCGAUGUCCAUGGCAACCUGCUGGCAGCCUGCGGCUUCUCCAGCCGCAUGAACGGGCUGGCCUGCGACCGCUUCCUGAUGGUGUACGACCUGCGCAUGAUGAGGGCCAUCACCCCGCUGCAGGUCCAUGUGGACCCCCUCUUCCUGCGCUUCAUCCCCACCUACACCUCCCGUCUGGCCAUCAUCUCCCAGACAGGACAAUGCCAAUUCUGUGAACCCACCGGCCUGGCCAACCUGGCGGACAUCUUCCAUGUAAACACGGUGGGCCAGCUGCUGAUGAGCUUCGACGUGUCCUCCAGCAAGCAGGCGCUGGCCUUCGGCGACUCGGGCGGUUGUCUGCACCUGUGGUCUGACGCCCCCGAGGUCACCUUCAACGGCUACUCCCGCGAGACGGACUUCGUCCUGCCCUGCAUGGUGGACUCGCUCCAUCACCUCGACUGGGGCCACGAUCUGCUGCCCCUCUCGCUUAUCCCCAUGCCACUGACCAGUGCCGAGCCCCUGCUGUCGGACUGGCCCACCACCCUGGCUGCCCCCAGUCCACGACGAGCCCCCCCAGUGGACCCUGAAAUUCUCCGCACCAUGAAGACAGUGGGGUUCAUCGGCUACGCCCCCAAUCCGCGGACCAAACUGCGCAACCAGGUUCCCUACAAGACCAAAGAAGUGGAGCUGGAGUAUGACAGCUACAACCAGGUUCCCGAGUCCCCCAUUGGGCGAGAGGAGGAGCCUCAUCUCUACAUGGUGCCCAAGAAGUACAGGAAGGUCACCAUUAAGUACUCCAAGCUGGGGCUGGAGGACUUUGAUUUCAAGCAUUACAACAAGACCUUGUUUGCUGGGCUGGAGCCCCACAUCCCCAAUGCCUACUGCAACUGCAUGAUUCAGGUGCUGUAUUUCCUGGAGCCAGUCCGCUGUCUGGUGCAGAACCACCUGUGUCAGAAGGAGUUCUGCCUGGCCUGUGAGUUGGGCUUCCUCUUCCACAUGCUGGACCUGUCCCGCGGGGACCCCUGCCAGGCCAGUAACUUCCUGCGUGCAUUCCGGACGAUCCCAGAGGCCUCUGCCCUUGGGCUGAUCCUGGCUGAUUCCGACGAGCAGACGGGCAAGUCCAAGCUGGGCCGCCUCAUCCAGAGCUGGAACCGGUUCAUCCUCACCCAGCUGCACCAGGAGACCCAGGAGCAGGAGGGACCGCAGGCCUACCGUGGGGCUGGCAACAGUGCCUUCGGGUCCACGGGGGAGUCCGUGGUCGGGAGGCUGUUCGGCUGCGAGGUGGAGAACAGCAGCAUGUGCCGUUGCGGGAAAGAGACCGUGCGCUCUGCGCUGACGCUGCUCUUCACCAUGCACUACCCGGAGAACAGCUCCCUCGACAAGACGAUCAAGGAGUACGACUUCACGGAGAUCCUGAAGAGGAGCGUCUGCCUGGGGCAGAGCACGCAGGCGUGGUGCGAGAACUGUGAGAAGUACCAGCCCACGGUCCAGACGCGCAAUAUCCGCUGCCUGCCGGACGUGCUGGUCAUUAACUGCGAGGUGAACAGCGCCAAAGAGGCAGAGUUCUGGAAAGCCCAGGCUGAGUAUGCCUUCAACAAAGCUGUGAAGAAGGAGGAGAUGGAGCCUCCAAAGCCGCCAGAGCCCAGCCCGACAGAGUGGGAGGAGCUGUGCAGCGCGGAGGGCCUGACCUUUGACUCCAGCCUGGAGGACCUGCGCCGCGUGUGGAUCCCCCUGAGCAUCAAGAUGACCAUCAGCAAGACGAAGGGCCUGGAGGUGCACAGCUGGAGCGAGAAUGAGGAGCUCAGCUCUGAAGAGGAGGCAGAGGGAGCCGUCAUCUACGAUUUGAUGGUCACGGUGUCGCACAUCCUGGAUGCCCGGACUGGCGGUAACCUGGUGGCACACAUCAAAGUGGGAGAGACCUAUCAUCAGAGGAAAGAGGGGGUGACACACCAGCAGUGGUACCUCUUCAACGACUUCCUGAUCGAGCCCAUUAACAAGGCGGAAGCAGCCCAGUUUGACAUGAACUGGAAGGUGCCGGCCAUCCUGUACUACGCCAAGAGGAGCUACCACACCAAACACGACCUGCGCAUUAAGAACCCCAUCGAGGCCAGCGUGCUGCUGGCGGAGGCAUCUCUGGCCAGGAAGCAGAGGAAAAGCCAUGCCACCUUCAUCCCCCUGAUGGUCAGUGAGAUGCCCCAGGCUGGGGACCUGGUGGGGCUGGACGCUGAGUUUGUCACCCUCAACCAGGAGGAGGCGGAACUACGCAGCGAUGGCACCAAGUCCACCAUCAAGCCCAGCCAGAUGUCCGUGGCCAGGAUCACCUGUGUCAGGGGUCAGGGCCCCAAUGAGGGCGUCCCCUUCAUCGAUGACUACAUCUCCACGCAGGAGCAGGUUGUGGAUUACCUGACUCAGUACUCCGGUAUCAAACCAGGUGAUCUGGAUGCCAAGAUCUCUUCCAAACACCUGACCACGCUCAAGUCCACCUACCUCAAACUGCGCUUCCUCAUCGACACAGGAGUGCGCUUCGUGGGCCACGGGCUGCAGAAGGACUUCCGGGUCAUCAACCUGCUGGUGCUGAAGGACCAGGUGAUCGACACGGUGUACCUGUUCCACAUGCCCCGGAAGAGAAUGAUCUCCUUGCGCUUCCUUGCCUGGUACUUCCUGGACCUGAAGAUCCAGAGCGAGACGCACGACAGCAUCGAGGACGCGCGCACCGCCCUGCAGCUGUACAGGAAGUACCUGGAGCUGAGCGGCAGGGGCCCCGAGGACUUCCGCAAGGUGCUGAAGGGCCUGUACGAGAAGGGCCGCAAGCUGGACUGGAAAGUGCCCGACUGCGACGGGGGAGACGGCCAGGGCAGCCCCAAAAGUGCAGCCGUGUUCCCCUCAGUGAUGGGACUGUGAGAAGACCGGGGUAUCUAAAAAGAGGUCAGGUUUUGUUCUAAAAAAAGGGGGGAGAUUUUAAUCUUAUCUUCCCAGUUCAUUAUUCCCCCCUAAUUAUUUUUUUUUGUUUUGAUUUCACAUUUCCAGAGAAUUAAGAGUUAUGUGAGGACGAUUCCACACACAGGAUUUCACUCCAUGUGUGAAUUCGGUUCCUUUUUUUAAAAGCAGGUCAGCCUGUGCCUGCGCUGCUACCGGGCAGCCUGUCAGGUCAUUGAGCUGCUGGUUCUGCUGGAGAGCAGCAGCUGGUGAAAUGAAGUAAUGGACCUGAAUCUUUGCUGAAUCUCACUAGAGUCUGGCACCCAUAGCUGCGUUUUUCUGAAACUAAGGACAGAAGUGGGAAGUGGGUUGAGAAAACGGGUGUUGUAAGAGCUUGGACAGCCUGUUAAAGAAGAGGAGGAGGAGGAGGAGGAGGAGGAAGAAGGGGCCCUGCGGAGCUGCAGGGGAAGGAAGGCCAGUAUUAAGACAAGUGAUCCCUGUUGUCCACCCAUCAGCACUUAAGAUGGCCUGUCAGACUGGUGUGCUGCACUUGUACAGAUCGUUUUUUGCUACAAAACAUUUUGUAUUUGAAUAUUUAGUUGUUUCCGGUUUUACCGUAUUCUUUUGUAAAGUAAUAAAUAAAGUUUUGUAUUUCUUG